GUUUUGUCUACGUCAGGACAGACAGAGGCUGGCAGUUGGUCAGCCGUGGGACCACGCUCAUGGGUGAGGCCCUGAGUAUCACAAAUAUCCAGUCCCUGGGCUGUGAGAUCACAGAACACAUCCAAGUGGAGGAAGAGGAGUGGGUCUUUCCCAUUUCCAGAAAGCCAGCCAAGGAAGGAGAAGGCUCCCAGAGACCUCCAGCUUCUGAGCAGGUGGCUCAACCAAACCCAGAAGCACAAGCACAACCAGAAGCAGAAGCACAAGCAACUCCAAUUCAGUAAAGCUCAGCACAAGAAAUGGACAAAGGCGGCUCCAAGGGCAAGGGCAAAGGGGGCUCCGGCUCCAAGCGAGGCUCUAACGCCAAGUCCUCCAAAGGCAAGGCCGAGGACCAGCAGAGCAUCCGGAGGGACCUGGCCAAGAUCGAGCAGAAGGUGGAUCUCCUGCUGGAGAAGGUGGAUAAGUUCACCAAGGAGCCCGGGGCCUCUGCCGCUGUGCAGGAAGACAAGCCCCCGCAGCCGGAGCAGGAGCAGCAACCCCCAACUCCUCCUUCACCUCCGAGGCCUGCGUUGCCCCAGCAGGGGGCAACCCCCCAGCAGCAGGUGGUCCUGCCCCAGCAGCAGGUGGCAGCCCCGCAACAGCACGUGGUCCUGCCCCAGCAGCAGGUGGCAGCCCCGCAACAGCACGUGGUCCUGCCCCAGCAGCAGGCGGCAGCCCCCCUGCAGCAGGUGGUCCUGCCCCAGCAGCACCAUGGUGGCAAAGGCCAGAAGAGAUCCAAGGGCGGCGCCAAGGGGGCUCACGCCGAGGCCGGAGGCGCUGGAAAGUCCGCGUAGACGGCGGAGCCCCGACCCGAGGCCGGGAGCGAGCGGCGGCGGCGGCCCCCUCCCUCUGAUGCCCGAGCCUUGGUCCUAGCCCCCCCCCCUCCCCGGACCCGUCCCCCGAGCGCGGGGGUCCCCGAUCGGCUUCUCCAGACUCCCCAACUCAGCCCCUGACCGGCGGCCGCCCCUCGCCCCGAAGCUUCCCGCUGGCGGCCGCCCGACUCCCCGCGGCCCUCCCGGGGCCCCCCAAAGCAUCCCCCGGUUCUAACGUUUCUCCGCAGGUUUAACAAUAAAAAGCAUUUUGUGGC